GUUCGGCGGCGGGGUCUGUCAUGGCGUACUCGACGUGCUGCAGGGUGGCCGUGCUCUCCUGCCUGGUACUCUGCGUGUCCCUGCUGCUGCCGCGGACCUUCUUGUCUCGGGGCGGCGGGCGGCAGGAGCCCGGGGCUGCGCCGCCCGAGGGGAAGCUCGGUCGCUUUCCACCGAGGAUGCAUUACCAGGCUGCUCCCGACAGCCGAGCUACUCCUCAUUUUCCAAGGUCUCACCUUGCUGAAGCAGUUGCCAAAGCCAAGGCAGGUGGAAGUGGUGGUGGAAGCACUGGUGGAACUGGGAGAGGUCUUGUGGGGCAGAUUAUCCCUAUAUAUGGAUUCGGCAUCUUCUUAUAUAUCCUGUACAUUUUAUUUAAGCUGGCUUCCAAGGGGAGAACUACUGCUGGAGAGCGGAAAUGCCCUACUGCUGCACCUGGAAACAUGAAGAGAAAAAUCACUGACUAUGAACUCACUCAACUUCAGGAAAAACUGAGGGAGACAGAAGAAGCUAUGGAAAAGUUAAUCAACAGAGUAGGACCUAACUGUGACAGCAGGACUCAAAAUGUUACAACAGACCAGGAAAAAAGGUUACUUCAGCAGCUUAGAGAAAUUACUAGAGUUAUGAAGGAAGGAAAGUUCAUAGAUGGCAACUCUCCUGAGAAGGAAGCUGAAGAAGCUCCUUACAUGGAGGACUGGGAAGGUUAUCCAGAAGAGACCUAUCCUGUCUAUGAUAAUUCUGAUUGCAUCAAAAGGAAACAGGACACAAUCCUAGUAGACUACCCUGACUUGAGCCAGCCCUCAGCAGAAGAGCUGGCAGAAAGAAUGGAGGGCAUGGAAGAUGAGGAGCUUCUGAGCAAUGAAACCCUGCUAUCUGAUCUCAUCAUGGGAAGGGGCAGUCAUGAUUUAAUGCAGAAAAAGGAUGAGGUAACUGGCAUCAGUGAAGAAGAGGAGGGGGAACUUCAUCACAGCCAAAGCACUGAGGAGUGUUGCUGUUGUUAUGAGGAUGACGAUCCUGCUGUCAUAGCAGAGAAUGCUGUAUUCCACUCUGAGAGCUGCAGCGAAGCAGAUGAAUCAACCCAAGAGGAUCUGUCUAUGGAAUCAGAAAAUGAAAAUGCAGCAGUGAAAAAGCAAAAAGCCAGUGAUUCAGAUGAAACAGGCACACUGAGGAAGCGCAACACAAAAGGACUUGAAUAAUAGGGACAAUGGCCGAUGUUACCUAGAUGGUAACAAACUAUUACUCAUGUGAAAACUUCGUGUUCAUCUCCUUGUACCGCUUCACUCCCAUGGUAACAAUAACAUCAUCUACCUGAAGUGGAAGUCAAUGCCCUCUUUCAUGCAGUCUUGUCAUGGCUUAUUAUUGCUUUGCCAACAGCAAUUUGUCCUUGCUUUUUGGAGACUGGUAUCUCAGAGCAGAUUAUUUGGUUCAGAUAUUUGUGAUUCUUUCUAAUUCUGAAUAAACAGUCCUUGGUUUUGCCCUUUGUCAUCCCAGAGUUCACCAAAUGUGUCUUCUGACUUUCUCAAAAACAUCUAUUUCUGUGCUACCAGUUAUGAAAAUUAAUAAAAUCCAUAAAUAUUUAUGAGAUUACCACAAAGCUGAAGGAGGAAGUAUGCCUUCUUUCUCUUAUCUGAAAGCUAACUGGUCAGCAGAACAGAUGAUAGUCAUACACAUAACUUUUUCUCAACUGUGUCAUUGCUGCUGUAUGCCCCAGAAACCGUUGUCACUACAGUCCACAAGAUUCACAUGCUACCCCAAACCACAGCCCAUUUCCCAGCUUAUUCCAUGCUGCAGGACCAGUAGCCUAAUCUAUGUGUUCCAUGGGAAAGACUGAAGCACUGUGAGUUGUUCUUUGUGUUUGCUUAUAGCUGUGGUGAAACAUUUUGUUGGUGAAACUCCCAGAUGAUUGCAGGAAUCAGGCCAUACUGUUAGAGAAGAACACUAAAAAUACCCCUGUGGUUUAAAAGAACAAAAGGCAGCAAGAAGGUCUGAACUUGAAAGCAGAGAAGAGAGUAAGGGUGAACCUCAGACUGAAAAGAAGCCCUACCGCUUCCAGACCCCAGGGACCUCCCAGUGUCCUCCAACAGACUCUUCACAUGGCAUUGGCAAAACGGCCAAAAGGAUGUUGCCAAAAGGGCCUCUCCUCUGACUCCCUCCAGGCUCUGUGCAGAGGAAAUGGCACCUCCCCAUGCUCCAGGGGCUGGGCCAGGAGAUGGGGAAGAAGGACCCACACAUCACUUGGCCAUCAGUAACUCUUCUAUGGAGUGCUGGGAGACCUCACGCAGGCUGCAGCGCCUCCCAUUCCCACCAGUGGGAUCACUGACCUUUGGUUUGAAUUCAUAUUAGCUUUAAAGGUAAAAAUACAGUAUAAACAGCACUGGGAACUCCUCAUGUUAAAUAACCUCCAUACGUUAUGUAGGUAAUUUACCACGGUGUUUCUGACCUUUGGUAGGGAAAGACAUAGUUGCUUCAAACAAAUCAAGUUUAAUAUUUCUGCACAGUGUUCUGUAUUGACAAACACCAGAACCUCUAUGACAUACACAAGGUAAAUUAUGUGAAAAUACAAAAAUCAUACAUACUGGUAAAUAAAUACAUUUACUACAGAAUACCAAAGAGUUUCUUUAAAAAAUUUACUUUGUAAAAGCACAUUCUUACAGGUUUAUCUAAAACUCUAUAGGUCUGAACAAAAAUGAGAUUUCUAACAACUCAAAACAGGUCAGGACAGUCUUUUGUGCAAACAAGUGAAUGUAUUACAUUAUGAAAAAAGUGACUGGUUAAAUAUUAGUUCUCAUGGCUAAGACAUCUUUUGCAGUUUUGAUAUUUUCCACUCUUUAAACCCCAUAGAAUGUAAAGGAAAUCUAGACCAUAACAUACUCAAAUUCUACUGUAUAUCUGGUUUAUUUAAGAAAGGCAAAGUGAUUAAUUAGAUGAUGCUAACUUGUUAACUGUGGAAAUAAAAAAAAAAACUAAUUAAAAA